AUGAUUGCAUUGAGCCGCAGCGUCUUGCGCCUGUGCCUUGUCCUCCUUGCAGUGGUUCAGUCGGAGAGUGAUCAAUGCGAGGGUGCGAAGGCAGCAGGCGCAGUGCUGCUUCAAGCUUCUGCCGCUGCCAACCGCACGCUUCAAGCUUCUACUGCCCACACGGAGGCAGAGGUUGCAGAACGCAUCGAGCAGGACUUGGAGGACAUCGAGGACUCCCUGGUGGAGAGAGCCCGCGCCCGCGGGGACUCUGAACUGGAGCUGGAAGAUGCGGUCCAGGGCAAGAACUCAAGGCGCCGGCGCAGCCGACGGCGCACAACCACCACAACAACCACCGUGAACUGCGGGUCCAGCACAGACUCCUACUCCCUUGCCUUUACGAUUUAUGGGGGCAGCUGCCUCGAGGGUCCCAACACUGGAGGUGCAGCGAGCUUGGACACCGCCAGCUGCAGCACAAACAACACAACCGGGACCAGUUCUUGUUUGUGGAUCAGGGAGAUGGGUACUGCACGCUCCAGUCUAAGUACGGCACCCGUCGCCGCAGUGCCUCGGGCAAGUCAGUGA